AUGCAUUGGUCGAAGGAAGCCUUUCCGACGACAACAUCGCGGAAAUCAACAAAACGGCUCACUCUCACUCGGUCAAGGGGGAAUGUGUACAAGCAAACCCUCGAUACGGAAGACCCGCCCAAAGGUUGCCCGCCAACGAGGGCUACAGAAAUCGCGGGGAUGUGCCAGCCAUUCGUCGGAAUCAUUGCCUGGCUAUUGCCCUCCGUCCAGAAUCCGAAAGAGCGCCUGGCGAUCGAGCUUCUAAGCAAGGAAUUGGAAGAAUGGAUAAAUCGAGACAACGCCAACAACGAAAUCAAGGUCGAAAUCUGCGACUACGGCUUCCCCGGCUGCAUAGUGGCAAAAUUAGAAUGUGUCGACCAGGACGAAUUCGAAGAAACGAAGAAAAGGGUGGACGAACAGGCCAAAUUAUUCAUACCGGUGCGCAGAAGGGAGGCGACCAGAAACGAACAGCAAAUAUAUCAGGUGAAGGUCGAGAAGAGCCCUGAUCACCGCGCCACUCGCCGCGACCUUUUGUGGCGACGUGCACGUCCCCAUGGUAAUGCAAAAGUCCAAAUUGUGGGAUCAAUUCUCGAUGAGGAGAAGUGGCUCGCCGAGCUGGCAGAGCUUCCCGACGCCACCUGGCUCGACUAUUCACAAAAAGUAUUCGAAGGACCUUGUUGGGCCGCCUGCGCCACGCCCAUGGACGCCAAAGACAAGCCAAAGGCCGAGCUCAACUACAGCAAAAGCGGAGCCGAGGAACGAAUCAAGGGAGCUGCUCGCGUCAAUGUAAACAAGACCCAGCAAGAAGAGGAGAAGCAGGAAGAAGGAAGCAGGAAGAGAAGCGACUAUGGCCUCGGACCUGACCGUCAA